GGACAGAAGCGAGCUGUUCACUGGUCGUGUCGAAGAACGGUCACCUCUUCUAUCUAUAAAGUUGCCCGAGAAGUUCCUAAGGAAGCAUUACUCCUCGAAACUCAAUCUGGAUUUCAACGUGAACAGAUUAGUGAAUACAAAGGACGUCGGUAUGACACUGAUGGACCUAGCUACCAUGGGCUUUGAAACUACUCCAACGAUUGAGCAGGAAGAGACACUCCAAGGAGCUUCAUUCCUGAGAGCUGCGCAUGCAGUUUAUCGUUCAUGCGAUGACGCCAACAUUCCUCCACAUUCAUGUCUUUGCAUGGAUGAGAAGACUCUGCUGUCCGAGCAGUACACCAA